AUGUACCAGAUCGCCACGGCCAAGGGCCCGCCGCCCUACCCGGAGGGCGCCUCCGCGCAGGCAACCCACUUCCUGGGCCGCUGCCUCGAGCUGGACCCCAAGGCACGGGCCAGCGCCAGGGAGCUGCUUGUCCACCCGUUCCUGGCCGGCGCCCUGCCGGCGGCCGACGCGUCCAUCCGGAGCGUCUCCUCGCAGGUCUUUGAUCCUCCGUCGGACGUCAAAGACGAAAGGGACGGCGUGCAAAUCCGUCUGGAAUCCUCGGAGGGGUCGAAGGAGAAUUUGUCCGGCAACGCGCCGAGGGCGCAGGCCCGCCAGGAGGCGCAGCCGGAAUGUGGGGACUCCCUGAUGGCGGAGCUGAAGAAGGUGCUGCAGCGCCGGAGGAUGGCGACCUCCUCCUCCAGGUUCGCCUCCGCGAAGAGCAUGACGGAAAGGGUGAGCCCGACGCUGAACGGAUCGGGAGCGCCCAAGGCGGUGCCGAAGAACGUGUCCCCAAGGAGCAUGAGCGAACCAGUGACGCCCCCGCAGGCAGGCACCCCGGCCGCGGGCCCCGCGUCCAGGUUUGCCUUGGCGAAGAGCAUGAUGGAGCGGCUCGCCUCCCAGCCGGGCAGGGGCGGCCCGUCCAACCCCUCAUUCGGGACGUACAGGUGCUCCGGGACAAGCAGCAGCGCCAGCACCAGCGCUGGCACGCCACCGCAGCCGCCCCCCUCGUCAAGUGGUCCGGAAGUCGCGGCCGCCAAUGCGGCGCCGUCCGCAAGCGGUGGCUGUUCGACGUCCGCCCUCCUUAAUGUGGCCCGGUUGUCAGUGCCGAACUCGGCGGCCACCACAAUGGGGACGUCCGUCGCGGAGCAGUUCUGUUCUGCGGACAGUUCCGUCUGUCAGUCCGUCGAUGCGACUUCCACGCACGCGAGCGCACGCGCCCCUGUGAGGGAGAGAAUGGCGCCGGUGCUCAAGGAACUGAAGGUUCGUGCAAGUUCUAGGCUGAAGAGCGCAGCGGACUAG